AUGGUGUGGGUAAAGUUGCUGGACUCCCUUGGAGAGAAAGAUAGAGAAGCUAUCAUCGGCCCGCAAAUUGGGAAAGUGCGAGGGAACUUGUUUCAAAUCAGCGAGUGCAAAAAGGAGCCGCUGAAUUUGCCGGAGCCCGAUGGUCCGAUGAUGACCUUGUCCGAGAAGGUUUACGUGCCGGUGAAAGAACACCCCGACGUGAGU